GUGAACCAGCCAUCCACUUCUGCAUGUCUGUAAGUUGUACUAUGUUCUUCCACUUCCUGUUCCUGGGCUUCCUGUCAGCUUUGUCUUCGGCAGCCGACUCUGAAACAAAAGACCUCUGUGAUGAUUUUUACCUACCGAACAAUGAGCUCGGACGAUGCCUCGCCGAAUACUCGACCAAGUACCCCAACUUGGCGAAGUUGUCCUCCAUCGGUAAGUCCGUCGAGGGCCGGGAUAUCUGGGUCAUGCAGCUGUCCGAGGACAUAGACAAGGAACGGACUUUGAUGAAGCCCAUGGUGAAAAUAGUCGCCAACAUACACGGGGACGAGACGGUCGGACGGGAAAUAGCCUUUAUCCUCAUUAAACACUUGUUGAAGUCUUAUGGCAAUGACAGCCGAUCAACAAAGAUCAUGAAGGAAACACACAUUUCAAUCGCACCUUCUCUAAACCCAGACGGGUUUUAUAAUUCCAAGGAAUCUGUUUGUGAUGACAAAAUGUAUAAAGGAAGAGUUAAUGCUCAUCAUUUCGACCUAAACAGAAAUUUUCCAAAGCGCUUGUUCUCUGGCAAAGACUACUAUGCAGAACGGGAAAUUGAAACUGUUGCCAUUAUUGAUUGGAUUUUGGAGAACCCAUUCGUCCUUUCGGCUAGUUUACAUGGAGGAUCUGUUGUCGCCAGUUACCCUUACGAUGAUGGUGUUCAAGAUCAAACUUACAGUGCUUCUCCUGACGAUGGAGUUUUCAAAUCAUUGGCCUUCCUUUAUGCAAGAAACCACAGGUACAUGGCAAGUGGAAAUAUUUGUGAAGGAGACAAUUUUCCUGGCGGGAUAACUAAUGGCAAUAAGUGGUAUAGUGUUGCUGGUGGAAUGCAAGAUUUUAAUUAUUUACAUUCAAAUUGUUUUGAAAUAACAUUAGAGCUGAGUUGCUGUAAAUAUCCUCCGAGGCAGGAACUACCUCAGGAAUGGGAAAACAAUAAAAAUAGUUUGUUGUCUUUCAUAGAAGCAUCACACUGGGGUGUCAAAGGACUAGUAACAACUGAGCACGGUACACCUGUUAAUAAAGCUGUAAUAUCAGUUAGUGGUGUUAACCACAACAUCACAACGACAUCUAGAGGAGAGUACUGGAGACUACUGAAUCCUGGAACAUAUACAAUUAAAGUAUCACAAUAUGGGUUAGAAUCGCAAGAAAAAGAAGUCAAUGUGACUGAAGGAAGCACUGUUGUUUUAAAUUUUACAUUGAAAUAUUCUCCGUAUCAAAUAGAACACACGAAAAAUAUUGUAAUAAAAGAAAGCGAUGAUUUCCUAUUACCCGUAAAUUUCAUUUACCAUCAUUAUGAUGCCCUAGAGGAUGUUUUAAUGACUAUUUCUCAUACAUACCCGCACAUCACUAGACUUUAUGAUAUCGGCACAAGUGUGCAAGGGCGGAAGUUAUUCGUCCUUGAAAUCAGUGAUAACCCUGGAAUUCAUGAGCCUGGAGAACCUGAGUUCAAAUAUGUUGCAAAUAUGCAUGGAAAUGAAGCUGUCGGAAGAGAGAUGUUAGUUUUGCUUGCUCAAUAUCUUUGUCAAAACUAUGAUACAGACAGCAGGGUAACUAAUCUUGUUAAUGAAAUGAGAAUUCAUCUUUUACCUUCAUUGAAUCCAGAUGGCUUUGAAAUUGCAAAAGAAGGAGAUUUCUCUGGCAUUGUAGGGCGGAAUAAUGCAAAUAAUGUGGAUUUAAACAGAAAUUUUCCAGAUCAAUACUUAGCACUGAACCAUUCUUUGGAACCUGAAACUAAAGCUGUUAUCGAAUGGCUUAAGAAAUACCCAUUUGUUCUUUCUGCAAAUCUUCACGGUGGAGCAUUGGUAGCAAAUUAUCCCUUUGAUAACAACGAAAAUAUGAAAAAUGAUGGGCAAUCAAAUGUUACUCCAGAUAAUACUGUAUUCCAAUAUCUUGCCAAGGUGUAUUCUAAUAGUCAUCCUACAAUGCAUUUAGGGCAGAAAUGUAAAAAUUUUGAACAAACAUUCCCCGAAGGCAUUACAAACGGAGCAGCAUGGUAUGUAGUGCCCGGUGGAAUGCAGGACUAUAACUACGUCGUCCAUUCUUGUCUCGAACUUACAAUAGAAAUGAGCUGCAAUAAAUAUCCAUUUACAGAGUCACUGCGUUCUUAUUGGAAGAUUAACAAAGAAUCUUUACUUACCUUUAUGGAACAGGUCCACAUAGGAAUUAGAGGAUUUGUUACAAGUUCAUCUGGGAAUUAUAUAAGAGGUGUCAACAUUUUUGUUUCUAAUGGAAGUAAACCAGUAAGAACUUACAUUAAUGGAGAUUACUGGAAGCUUCUGCUUCCAGGUACGUACAAUGUAACUGCACAGAUAGAUGGGUACGAAGAACAAACUAAAACUGUGAAAGUUGAAAAUAAAGGAGUAUCUCUAAACUUCACUCUACAGAGAACUGAUUCUAUGGCUUGGUCUGUUGAAUAUGAUUAUAACCAAAAGGCUAAUAUCGCUCCUCUGCAGGAAUAUUCGACAGAUGAACAGAUAAAAGGGGAAUUACAAACUCUUGACAUAACAACUCCUUCAAUUGCACAAUAUAAAGAAGAUAAAACAACUGGUUUCUAUUCACUGAAACUUUCAAAACACGUUGCUUUAGCAAAUGAACAAAAGUUGCAUAUUGGCGUAUUUGGCAGCCUGUUUCCUUCCGAAUUUUCCAGUAAAGAGCUUGCCGUACGUUUGGCCCGCCAUUUGUUUGUCGGCUAUAAAAUGAAGGAUCCAAUGAUACUGUCGCUAUUUGAUGAAACAGUAAUUCAUAUAUUUCCCAAUCUUCAAGAAAGUCACCUCUCUGAAAAAGUUUCUAAUAAGACCGAAAUGGAUAUGUUUAUAAAUAAUCCCUCCGACGCUCACAAGUUUAACAAAUUGUUCGAAGAAGAGAAAUUUGAUAUAAUUAUUCAUUUUGAAACUGGAGGUUUGGGCAUAAGGCAUUUAAAAUCAUCAAAUUAUAUUGAAUCUUUGAUUUACAAAAUGGUUCAAGAUUCACUUACCUAUUCAAAUUACAAUAUGAUGACUAAUUGUCCACCUGUGACGAAGAAUAUGCAAGAGUUCAAAAAUAAAUUUUCAAGCAUUUUACGUCAUAUUUACAAAGUGAUCAUGAUAACUGUUCAAACUGCUUGCAGUGAUGUCCUGCCAUCACAGAUUCCCACCUUGUGGAGAACAUCUCUCAACCCUCUUCUUAGUACAUUCGAACAAUUACUUCAAGGUGUCAGAGUCACAGUCAAAGAUUCAUUUGGUGUACCAGUGAGAAAAGCCGUGAUCGUAAUAACAAGUGAUGAUGAUCCAUCAUCGGGAUAUACACUACCUGUGUCAAGUAACAUGGCUAUAGCAAAAAUGGUUCUUCCACCAGGAAAUUAUCAUAUCAUGGUUUUGUCAGAUUCACACCCCAUGACACAAAAGACACCUGUCACAGUCAAAAAAGGAAUUAUGAGUUCUGUAGAUAUUAGUGUAGAACCAUUACGAAGUAAGUUGCCUCCGAUACAAACCCCAGUAAAUGGCAUCGGUGUAGCGGGUUACGUAGUGAAUUCAAAUCAUCAUCCCAUAUCAAAUGGAGUUAUACAUGUAGAAGGGUCUAAUGUGUCUCAUAUUGUCAACAAAUCAGGAGCAUACUGGAUACCGUUAGAAAAGGGUGAGUAUACCCUUGUCGCAACUGCAGAUGGUUAUUCUUCAUCAACAAAACUAGUUGUUUUAACGGAUACUAAACCGGUUCAAGAAGUUGUUUUUACAAUUUCUGAAUCUACGUUAUUUCCCAGUCUAUCAGAACUUCAGUUUAUAUUCCUUGUUGCUUUUAAUAUUAUCAUUGUGUUGGGCGUUGGCAUUGUACUGUACUACUUAUGCAGAAAAGAUAAAUCAUCUUCAAAAGGAUUUAAAUUGCUUCCAUCAGUCGUUUUACCAUACGAUCUUUCGGAUGAAAAAGAAGAAACUAUUAUUUUUGAUGCAAGAAAAACAAAGAACAAAAAAGUUUUUAAUACAGCAGCAUAUUAUGAUAACAGUGACAUUGAAUAUGAAAGCACAUCAUCAGAUGAAAGUGAGGAAGAAAUAAUUGAUACAACUAAACUUCAAAAAGAUUAUAUGAAAUACUUAUCAUAAUAUUAGUUAUACAAGUAAAAAUUGAUAGUCGCCUGUUAAUCGAACAAAUAUGACGUUCAAAAAGUAAAAGUUUUAGGAUUUGAAGCUAUGUAUUUGUGUGUGAGGUGGUUUAUGAAAAUGUUUUGUAAAUUUUAUUUGAUUUUUUUUACAAUUUCUUUAGCAAUAAACAGUAACUAGAUCAAAUGAGGAGAACAAAAAAUAUUUUCACAUUGACGUUAUGUCAUUUUGAUGAUGUAUGUGGGCCUUAUUUUAUUUUAUUUUAAUAAUCUAAGUAACAAAUUAGCCAUUUUUAGUUGAAUGAACAAUUGUACUUUCAUUUUUCAGAAUGGAUAUAAUUAAUUAUAUUGCAACAAUAUUUCGCUUAGUAAUUUCCAUUAUGAUUAACGUGAUGAUGAUAAAAUGGCAAGUGAUGUUGAAAUGUGAUAAACUGUGUUGAGAACAAAUGAAAAAAAAUUGAUUGUGAUGUUAACCUAAUAUUUUUGCUUUUUGCUGAUUGACGUGAUAAAUGAACAAAUUAAUAUAAUACAAUUAACCAAUA